AUGUGGAGAAUAUAUGGUUUCAUUGUUAAUGAAAUGUACCCAGCAGUGUAUAACUUACAUUUACAUCUUGAGGAUCAACACCAAGUAACUUUUCGAUCAAAUGACGACUUAAUCAAUGUUCUCAACUCUGAUCGGUCUGCAAAAUCGAUGUUAACAGAAUUCUUUGCACUAAACCGAGUGGAUGAGAAUGCCAGGACGUUGUUGUACAAAGAAUUUCCAGAAUUCUAUGUUUGGAGCCAACAAUAUAAAGAGUGGACUUGUCGGAAGAAGAAAACUGUUAUAGAUCUUAGGACAGUUGAUGGUGUUGUGGCUCCAACAUUUCGUGACGCAGCAACUAUGCACGGUUUGUUACAGAGAGACAACAGCUUAGAAGAUUGUUUAUAUGAAGCAUCUCUAUAUCAAAUGCCGUCAACUGAAGAUUCUAUGUUCAAUGUAAGAAGGCAAGUUUUGCGUUCAAUCUCAUUUACACUUGAAUCAAUGGGAAAAGAUAUUAAUUCGUUCUAUCUUCUUGAUGACAACAUUUGUUUCGAUGAAGACCAAUUCGAAUCUAGGGAAAUUGACGAUGAAUUGGCUGUUGAAAUUCCAACAGAAGAUAUUGCUGUAUCAGAAGCCCUUAAUAGUGAACAACGAUAUGCCUAUAAUUCAGUUUUGGGGAAGACAUUCUUGUACAAGACACUUCUCGCCGCAGUAAGAUCAAGAAAAUUAGUGGCACUUGCAACUGCUUCAUCUGGUAUUGUAGCAUCUAUCCUUCCUGGAGGUCGAACAGCACACUCGCGCUUUAAGAUUCCACUGGAUACUGAUGAACAUAGCAUGUGUCGUGUCAGUAAACAAAGUGCCCUUGCAAAGCUACUACGUGUAGCAAAGUUAAUUAUAUGGGAUGAGGCUCCCAUGUCAAGAAAACAACACAUCGAAGCAUUAGAUAAAAUGUUACGAGACAUUAAUGACUCAGAGUUAACAUUCGGUGGAAAAGUUGUCGUUUUUUGUGGAGAUUUUCGCCAGGUUUUACCUGUGGUUCGUAAAGGAACAAGACAACAACAAGUUGACUCCAAUUUGGUUUCUUCCUAUUUGUGGCCUACAUUGAUCAAGCUUCAUUUGACUGAAAAUAUGCGAGCAAGAUUGGAUCCAGUUUUUUCAGAAUAUUUGUUAGAAUUAGGCAACGGAAUGCCACCAAUCACAGUUGAUGAAACUAUAAAAAUUCCUGAUGGCAUGCUUGUUCCAUAUGAAGAUGACUGCACUUCUUUGAAUCAUUUAAUAGAUGCUGUUUUCCAUGAUAUUCAUGGAUAUUCAAUAAAUAUUUCAGCUAUGACGAAUCGGGCCAUAUUAACACCAAAGAACAGUUAUGUUGAGGAAAUAAAUGCAUUACUAAUUCAUAGGUUUCCUGGUGAGCUUAGGCGAUAUUAUAGCUUUGAUGAAGCAAUAGAUGCAUCUGAACAAUCAGUCAUGGAGGAUUUUUUAAAUACUUUGACCCCAAAUGGACUUCCUCCUCAUGAAUUGUUACUGAAGAUAAACUGUCCCAUCAUACUGCUUAGAAACAUUAAUCCUUUAGAAGGACUAUGCAACGGAACACGCCUAAUUUGUCGGGCUUUUGAUCGAAAUGUGAUUGAUGCGGAAAUCGCAGUUGGGCACCAUAGAGGAAAAAGAGGAAAUCGAGUGCAAGCGACAAUGUUCGAUAAAGAUAUUGACUCACGAGAUGAUACCUUACAUAUUUUCUGGUCAUAUUACAUUAGUAAUGCAUAUGUGAGGCCGCUGGAUCCAAGCUUAAACCCUAUAAGUUUAACUAUGUGGGGUCAAUUUGUGCAAGAUGAAUGCAAAAAAAUCUCAGAAAUAAUUGGCUCAAAGCCAGUUAUACUUGGAACAAGAAUAAGGGUUGGUUCUUAUAAUGGAUUGUCUCUUUCAUCGCGUUUAAAAAGUAAAUUUAUGAUCAAUCCUGCUCUUCCUGAGGCAACUUCAUUGCAAGAGUGGGCGGUGAUUAAUGACUUAUUACUUGAGAGAAUUAUUGCAAAAUGCUUGACAUACCCAUCAACAUCUCUAUCUUCUGUUGAUAUUCGAGAAAUCAUCAAGAACUGUGAUGUUGCUGAGUUCAUUAAAAGUUUACAACCCAUGCAGGAGCAUUUGCCAUAUAUUGAAAAUCUUGUAGCAGAAGUUUCGCAAAAAGAAUGGAUGAUCGAACUUUUAGCAGACCCUAAUCGACUCAACCAGCAGGAACACAAAAAUUUCAAUAUCGUCUCUAUUGAUGCAGUACAAGACGACACAAAAUGA